UCUAACUUGAAGGUCAUUGUUGGUCCAACGUUCGCUUCCAACACAGCCGUUCGCUUCCAACACAGCCAUUCUCUUCCAACACAGCCGCUCGCUUCUAAACCCUUUCUGUUUCAGACACAGACACUCAAGACACACAGAAAUUUCACGACCGUUCAGCCACGUGGUGAGCUUCAGAUGCUGUGCGACCAUGUGUACUGCAUAUUAUAUGCUCCCUGUACUGAUGCGUGCAGCAAAUAAUAUCAAGCAGGCCUCGAUAGAUAUCUCGGUCUAACAAACGGUUGUGUGGUGCAAAGAAGUAUCAUCGGCUGAAUAUCUCAGCGACGAGGCGCUUCCCAGGCAGGUCUUCAUUUCAUCUGAAACAUCUACUCUCACCAGUUCCGCUUCUAUCAGUCACUUGCCUACGAGGAAGAGCCCGGCAUGCCUAUUUUUGGGUCACAUUCGAAUGCCGCGACUAUGCCAAAGUCAAGACUCAUCUCAGGACCGAUGCACGCUCGUCACGUUGGAGGAGUCAGUGUUACAGGCGGGACCGGAGGCAACACCUCGCUAGACAGCUACUUCGCUGUAACAUCAGUAGAGCCUGACGAGCUGCCUUCGCACACCUACGCAGCCAGUGGUAUGGUCGAGAUCCCUCGACGAUCGAAUACUUUCACCAACGCGGUACGACGACCAAGUUUGACUCUAAAGCGGAGCUUAUCACGACUGCGAAGUGGUUCGAUUUCACAAGGCCACAAGAGGAGCCAGAGCGACAUUCGUCCGAACUUGAAGGCUACAAGAUCUGAUCCGGUAGUCCCUCAUCCUGUACAAGAUAAGCCAAGUCCAGUACACGCAAGACCAAAUACGAGCUUCGGAUGGGACGUGCACACCUCCAGAAAUGCGUCGGAAUCCAGAGCAGAAGCUGUGCCUCCGCUACCACCAAUAUCUCUUUCUCGUCUCAACGCCAAGAUGUCAAUGUGCAACAUGUCAGCCUCUUCAGUUACCACGGACUAUGAAGCGAUUACAAGAAAAGAGGAACCGCUGCUACUGCCCGUCAGGCCAAAGCGAUCGGAUUCUGGCACUGUAAUUAGUUUCGACGAUGUGCCUGAGGAGACGAGACCGAUGGGUUUCAAAGAUAUCGCAGCGGUGCGAAAUUAUGAGGAUAGAAUGGCAUUGUAUGAGAGGACAAGAGACUACUGGGCGAAUGCCGAACAUGGACUGGCGGAGUGGACUGGGAGAACAGGAGGCCCAAGGACGCUCCAACUGAGAAAGUAGGCUUGCUAGCUGCGAGCGUUUAGGGUAUUCUGAUAUGUCAACCUUGUGGUGGAA